UAUAUAUAUAUCACUAUUCUAUAUGUGGUGAUGGUAUAAUGGUUUAUUAUGGCUUAUCAUUUCCUGUGCUGAUAGAUCAACAAAGCAAAGUCAUGUCUCCUACUUCAUUGGCUAAGAAGAAGUUUGUUCCAAUGAGAGGCCACAAGAAGGCCAGUAAAAGCCGGCUACUUCCUCCAACCGGCUCUUCUGCUAGAACCAGUCCAGAGAUGCAGGAAGUGGUUAUAGGUGCUGAUUUUCGAUGCAGCAAGUGUCGAAAGAGCGCAUCCCAGGUGAUAUCGGAUGUUGAUGAUGUGGAUUCCAUGGCGGUACAUCUUUUGGAUAAGAAGGUUACACUCACUUGUAAACCAGUCCGUAAAGGAUCUCUAAGGAAAAUCUCGGCCUUCAGCGGAAAACUAUCUCACAGAGCCUUAAGGACUGCGAGGUUUUAUACGCGUCACUGAUUCCGCCAAAAAAUCGUUUCUGAUAACGAAUUGCCCUAUGCAUGUAAAAAUACCUAGUAUUUGUGUUUCCUAAACCCUUAAGUUAUGAUCAUCAUCUGU